AUGAAGCUAAUAAUAGAAAGGCCCUCCAAUAUUCUCCUGCUCUUGAGUUUUCUGUUAGUGCAGUCAUGCAUGUUUCAGUACUUGGCCCAAUCUUCCACCACCAGCUUUACCGAUCAAGCAGCUCUCAUUGCCUUCAAAUCUAAACUCACUUCCGGUCCAAACCAAACUGUCUUGGCUGCUAAUUGGUCCACAGCUACAAACUUCUGCAAUUGGAUUGGGGUCUCAUGUAGCCGACGCAGACAAAGAGUCACAGCUUUGAACCUUCGCUUCAUGGGUCUUCAGGGCACCAUUUCUCCACAUAUUGGUAACCUCUCUUUCCUGGUUUAUCUUAAUCUAUGCUGCAAUACCUUCUUUGGUUCUCUACCCCAUGAGAUCGGUCGCCUACAUCGUUUAAAAAGACUCGUGUUGUCAUCCAACCAAUUGGAAGGUAGUAUUCCCCCAACUUUGCAAAAUUGUCGGAAUCUUCAAGUAAUACACCUUUGGAAUAACCAUCUCACAGGCGUAAUUCCAUCAACCCUUGGCAAUUUGUCAUCGUUAGAGGUCUUGGAGUCGGAAGACAAUAGCCUCAUAGGUCCAUUUCCUCUUGUCAUCUUUAACAUGUCCUCUCUGACCACAAUUGCUCUUACAGAUAAUCACAUCUCAGGAACUCUUCCAACGGAUCUGUGCAGCCAUUGUCCUAAUCUUCGAAACCUUGCCCUUUCAGACAACAAAUUCAGCGGUCAACUCCCUUCACAAAUGAACUACUGUAGAGAGCUUGUAGUCUUAUCCCUAUCAUCCAAUAAAUUUGAUGGGAGUAUUCCAAAAGGUUUUGGAAGUUUAGAUAAGCUUGAAGCGCUAGGUCUUGGAAGUAACAACUUAACCGGUAAUAUACCUCCUACCAUAAGUAACUUGUCGAGGUUAGUUGAUUUUGGCAUUGAGGAAAACAACAUUAAAGGAAGCAUUCCGAGUGAUUUAUGGCGCCUUUCAAAUCUGGAACUAUUGUAUUUACAACAAAAUUAUCUCACAGGGACAAUCCCCCAAAGCCUUUUUAACAUGUCCUCUCUACAAAGAAUCUCUUUGGUUAAUAAUUCCCUAUAUGGCAAUCUUCCAUCAAAUUCUGAUUUUUCCUGCCCCAGUCUUGAACGUCUAGCUUUUGCUCUCAACAAAUUUAGUGGUCUCAUCCCAUCGUAUCUUUCAAAUUGUUCCAAGCUCGUUGUAUUAAGUUUAGGUUCAAACAUACUCUCUGGACCAAUACCAAAAAGUCUUGGACAAUUGAAAUAUCUUCGAAUUCUUGAUCUGGAAGAGAAUCAACUAAGUGGAGAACCUGGAGAUCAAGAGCUUAAUUUCCUUUCAUCUUUCUCUAAUUGUAGAGUUUUGGAAGAACUGUCCAUAUCCUACAAUCCCUUGGAUAGUACUGUCCCGGAUUCUAUUGGAAACUUUUCAACCACCCUUCACUCCUUUCUUCUAUUUGAAAGCAAAAUAAAGGGUCAUAUUCCUAUGAGUAUAGGUUUCUUAAAAAACUUGACCUGGCUUGGGUUGGGAAAUAACAAUUUGACUGGAAAUAUACCGUCCACAAUUGGGGGAUUGGAAGGGUUACAAAGAUUAGAACUUGGCGGUAAUAAAAUUCAAGGAUUCAUUCCAGAAGGCAUAUGUGAAUUAAAGAACUUGGGCGAGUUAAAUCUCUCACAUAACAAAAUCUCUGGAUCCAUUCCAAAUUGCAUUUCAAACCUCAAUCUUCUCCAAAAGCUAUUCCUAGAUUCUAAUAAAAUAGAAUCAUCAAUACCAAUAAAUUUAUGGAACCUCGAGAAUCUAUUGUUUUUGGACCUAUCAUCCAAUUUCCUGGGUGGAUAUUUGUCUCCAAACAUGAAAAAGUUGCAUACUAUUGAACGCAUGGAUUUAUCUCGGAACCAAAUUAUUGGAGAUAUUCCAAGCAUCAUUGGAGCAUUUGAAAGCCUAAAUUAUUUGAAUUUGUCAAAGAACUCAUUUCAAGGAGAAAUCCCACAAUCUUUCAGAGACUUGAAAGGAUUGGAUAUCUUAGAUCUCUCUUACAAUGAUCUAUCUGGUGCAAUUCCUAAGUCUCUCGAGACACUUUCGCAACUCAAAUAUUUGAAUGUGUCUUUCAACAAGCUAUCUGGAGAGAUACCAUCUAGCGGGCCUUUUGCAAAUUUCACAGCUAAAUCAUUUUUAGGAAACAAAGCACUUUGUGGGAAUCCAAUUUUUGGAGUUUUACCUUGUCCAAGUCUGAGAUCCAAAGGAUCAAACGUGAAACAGAGUCUGCUCAAAUAUUUCCUUCCUGCCAUUGCUUCAAUUAUACUCUGUCUAACAUUGGUCUAUAUGUUGAGAAGACACCGAGAAAGCAAAAUACAGCUUCCAAAUUUAUUUAGUACAUUGUCUUUAUCAAAGCAUAGAAUAGUAUCAUAUCAAGAGCUUUGCCAAGGGACAAACAACUUUUGUGAAAGCAACUUGCUUGGAGCUGGAGGUUUUGGUUCUGUUUACAAAGGCGUGUUGCUUGACGAGACUGUUGUUGCUAUUAAAGUUCUAAAUUUGCAAUUGGCCGGUGCUUUCAAAAGUUUCGAUGCAGAAUGCAAGGUCUUACGGACAAUCCGACAUAGAAAUCUUGUUAAAGUCAUAAGUACAUGCUCCAACCCUGAGUUUAGAGCUUUAGUACUGCAAUACAUGUCGAACGGUAGCCUUGAAAGGUGGUUAUACUCUUAUAACUACUGCUUGAAUCUUCUUCAAAGAGUAAACAUUAUGGUUGAUGUUGCAUCGGCAUUGGACUAUCUCCAUCACUGUCUAUCAGAAUCUGUGGUUCACUGUGAUUUGAAGCCUACCAAUAUCCUUCUAGACGAGGACAUGGUUGCACAUGUGGGAGACUUUGGCAUUGCAAAGAUUUUGGCCAAAAACAAGGAUGCUACACAAACCAAAACUCUUGGUACACUUGGCUACAUCGCUCCAGAAUAUGGUUCCGAAGGAAAAGUCUCCAUCAAAGGUGAUGUUUAUAGCUAUGGUAUUACAUUGUUGGAGAUGAUCACAAGGAAGAAACCUACUGACAACAUGUUUGUAGGAGAAUUGACUAUGAGACAAUGGAUAAAUGCAUCACUUCUCAACAGAAUGAUGGAAGUUGUGGAUGAAGGUUUAUUGAUAACAGAAAAUGGAAGAGAUAUAACUACCAUGCAAAGUGUUCUAUCAUCCAUCAUGGAAUUAGGCUUAAGGUGUUCUGAAGAGUUACCAGAUGAAAGAAUCGAUAUUAAAGAUGUGCUUGUGAAACUUCAAAAAAUUAAACUUACACUUUCUGAAAACAGAAAUCGGGGUGUCUGA